AUGGAGUACUCAGCAGGAAGAUACGAGGACGUAGGAGGCAACUGUAGCGGAUUGGAAUCUCGUAGAGAGAAAGCAAGCGAUGACGCUACACGGACUCCCAGAUCAAUAAUGAAGCUAAAUAUUGGUGGCUUGCCCUGGACCAUGGGAACGUAUCCACCGUGCCGCUCCUCCCAGGUGUCUAACCAAAGUUGCUGUGCUGCUGGUGCUGGUGCUGGUGCUGCUUUUUGGCUGCUUAGACAGAGGCAGAGAGAGAGAGACCCAGCUGUCUCCAUCAGUAAGAAAAAGUUGAUUGAGCUGGGGAAUGUGGAAUUCCCCCAAAUAUUUUUUCCUUCUGCUUCCUGCUUCCUGCUUCCUGUACACCCUCCUUUUCAUAUCUCUGAAAUCGGUCAACUCUUUGGAAUCUGUCUCAUAUCCGAGGUGUCGAAAGGAAGAGGAAGGAAAGCGGAAAACCGGUGGAACCCAUCGUUCCGAGAAAGGAAAGGCAUCUGUUCGCGAUCCACCCGCCAACGGGACGCAAACUGGGGUCAAGGACGUGUCUAG